CGUCAUUUUAUAUUGUUGCAAUAUAUUAGUAACUAAGAGAGUAAUAGAGUAUAGCUAACAAGCCUAAUCCAAAACACUCCUCUAUAUAAACCUUCCAUUUAAUUCUUUCCAUCUUCAUCUCCACCCAAUACACACCAACAAAAAAUCCUUUUAGUCACACAAUAACAUUACUAAUACAUUUCCCACGAAAAUCUCCUCGUGAUAAUAUAUAUUUAUUACGUGAUUUCUAUAUUUAAAAUAUUAAUUAAUAUGGGAACAUUAGAUGAUAAUCAAUAUGUAUACUCUAAUACAAAUACAACAGAAUCGUUUAAGAGUCGGGUUGCGGUACCACCACCGCAACCCUUCUUGAAAACCAUACAAACAUCUUUAAAAGAGACAUUUUUUCCUGAUGAUCCGUUAAGACAAUUCAAGGGAAAGACAAGGUCUAGAAAGUUUGUACUUGGGAUGCAAUACUUUUUUCCUUUCCUAGAGUGGGCACCCAAGUAUAAUUUCGAUUUCUUAAAGUCGGAUCUUGUUGCUGGGAUCACCAUUGCUAGCCUUGCUAUUCCUCAAGGAAUUAGCUAUGCAAAGCUUGCAAACUUGCCCCCAAUUCUUGGCCUUUAUUCAAGCUUUGUUCCACCAUUGGUGUACGCCAUGAUGGGGAGUUCCAAAGAUGUGGCCGUAGGAACAAUCGCAGUGGGGUCGCUGUUGACCGGAACAAUGUUAAGUAGCGCUGUUAAUCCCAACGAUAAUCCUAAGCUUUUUCUUCACCUUGCUUUUACUGCCACCCUUGUUUCUGGUCUUUUGGAAGCUACUUUAGGCUUAUUAAGGCUAGGGUUCAUAGUGGAUUUCUUAUCACAUGCAACAAUAGUGGGGUUCAUGGGAGGAGCAGCUACAGUUGUAUGUUUGCAACAACUCAAAGGAAUACUUGGACUUACUCAUUUCACUCAAUCUACUGAUCUUAUUCAUGUUAUGCAUUCUGUCUUUUCUCAACACCACCAGUGGAGAUGGGAAAGUGCAGUAUUGGGAUGUGGUUUCCUCUUCUUCCUCAUGCUCACCAAAUACUUUAGCAAAAGAAAGCCAAUGUUCUUUUGGAUAUCAGUCAUGUCUCCUUUGAUAUCAAUCAUUUUGGGAAGCCUUCUUGUUUAUCUCACCCAUGCCGAAAGACAUGGUGUCCAAGUGAUAGGAGCUUUAAAGAAAGGCAUCAAUCCACCAUCGUUUGGUGAUUUUGUGUUUAAUUCUCCUUAUUUUCCGGUGGCUCUUAAAACUGGGAUUGUUACUGGCUUUAUAGCUAUGGCUGAAGGAAUAGCAGUAGCAAGAAGUUUUGCUAUGUUCAAGAACUACAAUAUUGAUGGUAAUAAAGAAAUGAUUGCUUUUGGAGUCAUGAACAUUCUUGGCUCAUGCACCUCUUGCUAUCUUACCUCAGGUCCAUUUUCGAGAUCAGCGGUGAACUACAACGCAGGGUGCAAAACAGCAGUUUCAAACAUAGUGAUGUCAAUUGCUGUAUUGAUCACACUUCUAUUUCUGACACCAUUGUUCUAUUACACUCCUCUGGUUGUUCUUUCAUCUAUUAUUAUCUCCGCCAUGCUCGGGCUUAUAGAUUAUGAAGGUGCUAUCCAUCUAUGGAAGACUGAUAAGUUCGAUUUUGUCGUUUGCAUAAGUGCAUAUAUUGGUGUUAUUUUUGGCAACAUUGAAAUUGGCUUAAUGAUGGCGAUUUCUUUAUCAGUGCUAAGGGUAUUAUUAUUUGUGGCUAGACCAAAGACUAGUGUGCUUGGUAAUGUCCCAAAUUCGAUUUGCUACAGGAGUGUUGAUCAUUACCCUUCAGCACAAACCGUGCCUGGAAUUCUCAUUCUUGAGAUCGGUGCUCCUAUUUAUUUUGCUAAUGCUACUUACUUAAGAGAAAGGAUCAUAAGGUGGAUUGAUGAUGAGGAAGAUAGGUUGAAAGCAAAUGGAGAGACAAGUUUACAUUAUAUAAUUUUGGAUAUGAGAGCUGUUCUAUGCAUUGACACUAGUGGAAUUAGCAUGUUGGAGGAAGUGAAGAAGAUCAUUGACAGGAGAGAACUCAAGCUAGUAUUAGCAAGCCCUGGAGGAGAAGUUAUGAAGAAAUUAGAUAGAACCAAGUUUAUAGAGAAAAUAGGGCAAGAAUGCGUACAUUUGACAGUUGGAGAAGCAGUUGGAGCAUGUAGGUUUAUGCUUCAUACAUGCAAGUCAAAGACAACUGGUGAACCAGAGACUUGGAGCAACCAUGUUUAAUCAAAUUAACAAACCAUGCAUAAUUAAUCUAAUUAUUCAUCUUAAUCAAUCAGAAGCUCUCCUUUUUUGCGAUUUUUAUUGGCAAACAAAAUAUUUUGACAGUAUUGUAUAAGAAGUAUAUCAUCAUUAUAACUAGUGUCCCGUUCAUUAGAGCUAUAUCAUGCUUCUAAAAGAGAUGGUGUUGUAUACGGUGUUUAAUGGAUCGGAUAAGAGCCUUUUAAAAAUAAUUUGGGCUUUAAAUGGGCUGCCCAACCCGACUCAUUUUUACUACUAAAAAUUAUUUUAAUCCCUAUUUAUCAAUUUAUAAUAAUUAAAUUAUCACUUAUAAUAAUUAAAUUGAAAAAAUAUUAAUAAUUUUAUUGACAUUGGCAUUUAUAAUAUUUAAAUUAUGCAUUAAUUAUGCUAUUUACAAAAGCCCGUGAUCAGCCCUUAUUGAGCCCUUUUAUAAUCCGCUUUAUUUUAAUUAUAGUAUAGUCCGUUUUUGGCCUGACCUUUACAAGACCCUUCUAAAACGGGCCGGAUAAAGACUCAAAAUGAGUCCCGGGCCAUUGAACACCCUAGUGUUGGUAUAAGAAUUAUAAUUAGUUAGGUUAAUUGGUCAAAGAAUGUAUUUGAAUAUUGAAUGAAUAUAUUGUGAUUUUCUACUACUUUGUAUACCUUUUAAAUAAUCGACAAAUAACACUAUUUUGUUGUACAUCAAAAUGAUGUAUCAUGUAUAAAUCAUGAAAUCACUUUUCAAAAAAAAAAAAAAU